AUGCAGCAGAAAGUCGAACAGCCGCGUCCGCUGCCCGUUCUCCGCUGGUUCACCGGUACGCACGCUCGCAGAUCCUCCAAGUCGCACCCGAGCUCUCCAGGUCACUCGCGCACCGCGUCUCCACCCCGCUAUCCGUCCUCGGCGCCACCCUCACCCUCCACCCCUUCCUCCGCGACCUCAGCUCUCGCCGACGCCCUCCACGAUGACCCCCAUCUCGUACAAGCCCAUUCGCAUCUGGAGGCUCAACAGAUACAUAUGCCCGCUCGCCCAGAGGCCGCUCGCCUUCCUCCAAACCUCCGUCCAUACCGGCCCCCAUCAUACCUCUCCGACCUCGCUCGCAGUACCCUCCCAACCGCAGGUCUCUCCUCAACUCCAUCCGUGUCUUUCUUAUCUUCAACGUACACCGACCCGUUCGAUAACCCCUUUCCAGAGGAGUCCGAGUACAACCCUGACCUCGACGUGUUCUACAGCCCGACCCCUGUGCCACUUGUGAUACCCCACUCGCCCGCCCGAGCACACCUCAGCAGCUCACCACCGACGCUCUUCCGCGGCAGAUCCGCUUCGGUUGACACGCUUCGGUCGAUUCAGGAGCGAGGACGGGGCAUCCAUACCACACCCCCACAGGCACUCAGGUUCCCGACCUUGCCACCUUCCAUCCGCAACUGGUUUAACCCAGAGGGCUCCGACAACAAAGAGAAUUUACAUCCUUUACUGAGCGAGCAGGAUCAGGCCGAGAGUCCAGAGGCGGAGAGGGAUCACAUCCGGCAGAAGUACAAAUCGCCGCAGAACCCGUUAGUCUUCUGCCAUGGUCUGCUCGGCUUUGAUACGGUCAAUCUAGGGCCGUCGAUUGCACCUUUGCAAGUAGACCAUUGGCGAGGGAUCAAGGACGUCCUUCGGUCAAACGGCGUCGAGGUCCUUACCACACGUGUUCCAGCUACCAGUUCUCCAAUCGAUCGCGCCAAGGUACUCCUGGCGACAAUCAGCGAGGCGUAUCCAGGUCGGAGCGUCCAUCUUGUCGGACACAGCAUGGGCGGGCUCGAUUGCCGAUAUCUGACGACGCACCUGACGGACCGGCCCUUCAAGGUACUGUCAGUAACAACCAUCUCGACCCCGCACCGCGGCUCGUCAUUCGCAGACUACUUCCUGUCGACUAUCGGCCCAUCCCGCCUGCCGUCCGUACUCUCCCUGCUCGACCUCCUCCCGAACGGGGGAGGCGACGGACAGGCGUUCGAGUUUUUGACGGUGGAGAAUAUGCGUCGGUUCAAUGAGCGGACGCCGGACGUACCCGGGGUCAAGUACUUCAGCUGGGGCGCAACGUACGACCCUGGUCUGAUCGACACGUGGAAAUGGCCGCACUCGGUGAUCAUGGAGAAAGAAGGUCCCAAUGACGGGCUUGUCUCGCUCAAGUCGGCGAAAUGGGGCACGUAUCUUGGCACACUGGAGGAUGUGAACCAUCUGGACCUCAUCGGCUGGGUGAACACAGCGCGGUACAAGUGGGCGGAGAUCAUGGGCCGCGAAGUGAAGUUCAAGCCCGCGACGUUCUACCUGGGCAUCGCAGACCACCUGGCGCGCGUCGUGGAGGGCCAGGACGCGCCAGAAGUGGCGCAAUCUAGUGCGGAUGGUGAGGCACACGAAGUUGAUACAGCGAAGCGGGAGCAGACAAGGAAGGAGGGUGAGCGGGCGGAGAUGGCGGAUAGUCUCGCAAAGGGAAGCCCGUCCGUGGAGAGGGGACGCGUCGGUGAGCGGGCACAGACUGAUGAGCGGCGGGGCGUAUCGUGA